AUGAAACACGAAGAUAAAGAAAAAUCUUCAAAAGCUUCUAGGUAUGUGCAGCUCAUUGGUUUUAUAUGCUACUGCUUGAUGGGAGCAAAUAUAUUUCAAGUUUUGGAGACAGACAUUCAGGAAGAGUUGAAACUUUCCUUUUUGGAUGCUGAAAGAAAUUUAAUGGAGACCUAUGGCAGCAUAACUUCAGAAGAACUUGAGAUCUUUUUGCAGAUGCUGAGUUUGUCUAUAAAACAUGGAAUAAUCCCCACAAGAAAUGGAACUAUUUAUUGUAGUUGGGAUUUUAGGAAUUCUUUUUCAUUUGUGACAUCUACGUUAAGCACAAUAGGUUAUGGGUUAAUUGCACCCAGAACUCCUAUGGGCCAGAUGUUCUGUGUCUUCUAUUCUUUACUGGGGAUCCCUCUAACUAUCAUAUUCCUGCAAUCUGUGAGUAAUGUAUUAUUACAACCACUUUCAGAAUUUGAGAAAUAUCUUCAGAAUAUGGAAAUGAAAGAGACACAAAUUAGAACCUGUGAGCUCCUAUUUUUCUUGGUAACUGGACUUUCCAUUUUCAUCCUUCUACCACCAUUACUUUUCAUGAAAAUGGAGGGCUGGACUUACAAGGAAGGAUUAUAUUUUGCAUUCAUCUCUUUAAGUACCAUUGGCUUUGGUGACUACAUACUAGGUAUAAAUCCUGCUAAUAAUUAUUCAAGUAUUUAUGUGGCAAUAAUAACACUUUGGUGUACCUUUGGUCUUACUUGGAUGGCUCUUUUUUUUGAUUUGAUUUCAAAAAAUUUGGAAAAAGCUAAAAUAAAACUUACUUCUAAUAAGUUAUGGCAAAAAGAAAGUCAGUCUUCUUGGAUAAGAUUGUAUUUCUGGCCUUCUCUGCGAAGAUAA